CCCACUUCAUCUGCGCUCCAUCUCGAAUCUUGAAGCUCAACGCCAACGACAAUCAAAGCUGGCCUCUGAACCAGCUCGCCCGCCAUGCCGCCAGCAUUGGCCCUCGGGAGGGUGCUGAGUCGGAGUCGAGGUCUUCAAUCGUCGAAAACAAAAACCCCACCAAUAUGUCUCUUCUGCACCCACUCCCCAUCUCAACGCCUUCCCUCCCCUCUACUCUCAACAACAACCGCCCUCCGCUCUCAAACACAACAACAACCACCCCCCUCCACACCCAGGACUAAACCCCCCCAACGCAACCACUCAACCUCCCACUCCUCCCCCCGCGCCGACCUCCACCGCGCCCUCCUCGACCUCCAAACCCACGCACCGAACCACAUCUCCCUCCCCCGCCUACAACUCGCUCUUCGCAACCUGACCGAACCGCCAGGCCACGAAUCCGUGCGCGUCGCCAUCCUCAGCCUCGCCACCAACGAACCCCCCCAAAACACCACCAUCACCACCACCACCACCAAACCCACAACAGCCACCCGCCUCCUCCGCCUCGCGCUCGCCGACCCGCUCCAGCCGGCCGCAGCAUGGGAGGCGCAGCUGGAAGCGCACGACACACAGAGCCAGCCGCUCGUCGUGCGGGCCGGAGCGACGGCGACCGAAGCAAAGGCAGAGGGGCCGGGGCAGGAGCAGGGCCUGCAGACGGGCCGGGGCCGGGACCGGCACGUGAUCCCCGAGCUGCGGGUCGCGACGCCGCUGCUGCCGCGCGGCGCGGAGCUGGAGAUGCUCGUCGCCGGGGCGGGGCCUCCCCUAGCGGCGGCGGCGGCGGCUGGGGGUGGAAAUGGGGGUGUGGUGGUGGAUGAGGCGGUGCUGGUGCCGACGGCGGGGGUGGCCGCGACGACGGCCGGGCAUGUGGCGCCCGUGGGGACGCCGGUGCAUAUGGCGCUGUUGGUGGGGGAUGGGGUGCGCGGGGCGGCGGGGAUUAUGGCGUUGCCGCUUGUGGAGGGGAGGGAUGUGAUUGCUGGGGCGGUGAAUUUUGCACAGGUUGGCAGCGAGGAUUUGGAGGGUUGUCCGCUUGUUGCGGUCAAUGUGGAUACUGCUAGCGAGGGCUUGGAGCUUUUCCGCGCUGAUGUUGGCAACGCGAUCAAGUACGAGACGCUGUGGACGGAGGCCAACGUCGGCCGCAUCAGCGAGUGGCUGAGGAAGAGCGCCCUGCCGAAUGACGAAGGGGUCAUGAAACCGCCUGUCCGGAACCUGAUCGGCUCGCUUUUGCGGAAUGCCAGGGCGGCUGUACAAGAGGAAGAGACCCGAGAUUUGGCGGCGGAACUACGCUCAAAGGUUUCACCCAGGUCCAUCGCCCACUUGGACAAGGUUCUGGCGGAGUGGGCGCAGAACGCUCACCAGGAGCUACAGCAGCAGUUGGAUGUCGCUUUUACAACUGGGCCCUGGAGCAGACUUGGCUGGUGGAAACUCUUCUGGAGAGCCGACGACGUGGGCAUGGUCACAUCAGAAAUGGUCGCCCUGCGCUUCCUCCCUGAUGCGGAAAAAGGGGUGAUUUACCUUGCCGGCCGCAUCCAGGAGGCCGGUGUGGCGGCAGGGCAGCAAGGGCGACCUCGAUACGCCGGACCGGCUUUGCCCCAACCCUCUACUGGACCUCAGAAGGAGGACACAAUCACGCCCGACGUGGUCAACGACUGGCCGCCCCACAUUCCCUUUACAAGGAAUUAUCUACAGCAGAAGACAGUACCGGCCCUGCAAGCUCUGUCGCAAAAACUUGUUGUGCAGUCUGCGAGCCUGGCCGGUUUGAGCACCGCCUUAGCGGGCCUCUCGUAUCUCUCGGCGCUCGGGGCCUACGAGUGCGGGGCGAUCGCAGCGCUGGGCGUCGCGUUCAGCUUCAAGCGCUUCCAACAAAAGUGGGAUUCUGCUAGGAAGUACUGGGAAGGGGAGGUGCGCGAAGAGGGCCGCAAGGCGAUCCGCGCAACGGAGGCUAGCGUUGCCGAGGUCCUGGACAAAGCGGGCAAGACACUUGAUCCCCAGGCUGACCAGAGUGAGCAGCUAAAAGAGCUGUCAAAGAUCGAGGAGAUCAUCACGCGAGCGGAGAAAGCGUACGCGCAAAUAAAGUAG